UGGAGUAAAUGCAAAUUAAAUUAUUAUUAUAUUUUUUGUAAGAAUGCAAAAUAGCAAAUUAGGGCUUGGCUUUUACUCGCUUUUUAAAUAUACGCCCGUACACGGAAAGGCACGAAAUAAAAAGAAAAUAUAAUAUCCGAAUUAAAAUAUAACUAAUAUUCAGAAUUCUCGCAUUUCUCAGAAAAAGGGCUUCGGAGCCGCUCUGCGUUUUCGUUCCGGAACCCUAGAAUUUCCGCGUCGGCGUAAUUUUCCUGAAUUAUUGAGGCUGGUUUGAUGGGAUUUUAGUACAAGUGCAAAACUGCAAAUUAUUAUUAUUAUUUUUAAAUUUAAAAAAAGAAAAAAAGAAAGAAAAAAAAGAUGUCGGGAUCUGAGACAGGAGUGAUGACGAGUAGAGAGCCGUUCAGCGUCGGUGGUCUGCAGAAGAGUCCGCUGCAAUCACAGGCCGCCAUACAGAACAUGCGCUUGAACUUCAGUCCUGACGGCUCUGCUGCUGCUGCUCUCUACAAGCCUGUCGCCGCCGCCACCUCGCCCACUUACCAAUCCUCUGCCGCUGCCGGCGGUUCUGCUCCUGUUCCGUUAGCUGCCGGCGAGGGUUCACCAGGUGCUGCUGUUAUGGCCCCUGCUCCUGCUGCUGCUGGGCUUAACAUGAACAUGGGUAGCGAGCCAAUGAAGAGGAAGAGAGGGAGGCCCAGGAAGUAUGGGCCAGAUGGCACCAUGGCACUGUCUCUCUCACCUUCAGCUGCGUCUGUCACCGUAACCCAGUCCAGUGGUGGAGCCUUUUCUCCUCCUCCUCCUCAUCCUCCUCCUCCAUCUGUAGGUUCUGCUUCACCCACUUCCAUCAAGAAAGCCAGAGGCAGACCACCUGGUUCUACCAAGAAGCAACAAUUGGAUGCUUUGGGAUCUGUGGGGUUUGGAUUUUCGCCACAUGUUAUCACUGUAAAAGCUGGAGAGGAUGUAUCGGCAAAAAUAAUGUCAUUUUCUCAGAAUGGUCCUAGGGCUGUUUGCAUCUUGUCUGCAAAUGGAGCCAUUUCUAAUGUGACUCUUCGCCAACCAGCCACAUCUGGUGGAACUGUAACAUACGAGGGGAGGUUUGAAAUUCUAACACUUUCUGGCUCAUUUCUUCUAUCUGAAAGUAGUGGCCAGCGGAGUAGAACUGGGGGCUUAAGUGUGUCAUUAUCUGGCCCAGAUGGUCGAGUUUUAGGUGGUGGUGUGGCAGGUCUUCUGACAGCUGCCUCCCCUGUUCAGGUAGUAGUUGGGAGCUUUGUUGCAGAUGGUCGGAAAGAACCAAAGACAACAAACCAAUUGGAGCCUGUAGCACCGAAACUUGCACCGAGUAGUGGGCCAACAGGGGCCAGUAGCCCCCAGUCACGCGGAACGCUCAGUGAAUCUUCAGGCGGACCUGGAAGUCCGCUUAACCAGAGUACAGGAGGCUGCAAUAACAGUAACCCGCAAGGCAUGUCUAGCAUGCCAUGGAAGUGAAGCUUUCAUAACUCCAGCCUUUUCACUAAUUUGUGUAGUAGGCAAGAUCAGGAUCAGCAAUGUUGUGUUUCUUAACUUUAUUCGGAGUCUCGAGGGCACCCUGUUGUAGUUUCAACCUUGUGUAAUGUAUGUUUAGUAGAAUAAGAACUGUAUAAUACUGCUUGACCUUAUAGGAUGUCGGCAGCUGAAAGUGUCAACCAGGUAACAAGAGGUGUUUGUGAAAUAGAAAUUAGAUUAAGCCUUGUGCUUUUAGGACUUGGUAGGAUUAGGAUGAGUUGGUGAUCUAGUUGUUUAUCAUGUGUUGGCUUCUUGUAAUCUUUGUAGACCCUUCCUUCAGAUAUGCUCAGCUUCACCUUAUUCUCGAAUGAUAAGAUGGUAAAUGGUGCCAAUUUGAUUCUAACCAUUCUGUUUUG